AUGGAAGGCGAGGGAACUUUUUGCGAGAACAAAAACGACGUCGUGCGAGAGCUCAAUCUGUUCGUCGGGAAACGACGAGGAGAAGACGAAGACGAAGAUAAAACUAGUAAAAAUCGUCUCCGCAUCGAUGAUCAUCGAAACGCGUCGUCGUCGUUUACUCCGCCUCUUCCAGCGCUUGAUGAUCUUCUUCUUCCUCUUCCCACGAGCGACCGAGAGGUGAAGGAACGAUUGCGGUCUCUCGACGAACCGAUUUGUCUCUUUGGAGAAGGGAAAGCGGAAAGGAGAGAACGGUUGAAGAGGACAUUAUCUGCGUUUGUUUCAUCGACGACGAGAACGAAGACGACGAAAGCUAUUGGGGAGGGAAGAGAAGUGGAUGAAGUAGACGACACGAAUGGAUUGAACGGAGAAACCGCCGCGAAUAACCAAGGAAGAAAGAAGAGGAAAGAAACGUUUUAUACGGAAGGGAGCGCGCUUUUGACGCGCGCGAGAAUGCGCGCGGCGAAGUUUUCCUUACAACGUGCGAGGGAAAGAGUUUUGACGGAUAGCAAUAAAGAUAACGGUGAUGUAGACACAGGGAAAGAAGAAAAAGAGACGCGCGUUACUUUUUUAAAUCAAAGAAGGAAAGAAUGCGCAGAUUUGAAAAGGUUGCGAUUUGCGCCUGUAUCCUCAGUCAUUGGGGAUUCGAGACCACUUAGUACCGUAGCUUCAUUAUUGUUCGAGCGAGGUGACAAAAGUCAUCACGGAAUGAUGGUAGCGUCUUCGAUCAAGAAUGAAAGCGAUGGUGUCGAGGAAGACUUCCGCAGUGAAGCUCUCGGCAUCGUUUUAAGCGGUUCUUGGACUGGAGCUGUCAAGGUUUGGAACAUUGCACGCAGCGGCAUGAAUAAAGAGAAAAGAGAAAAUGAAGAAGAAAUGAUGCGCGGCAGAAGUAGCGACGAGAACAUUAACUGUAUUCCCGCGCUUACGAUCAAAGCUUCGGAGGAGCGGAUAACCGGGCUAGCAUUUUCGCCCUUAAUAUUGGCGACAAACGAUAAUGAAGAAGAUUUACCGGCGUUUGCUUCCGCUUCGAUGGAUGGAACGUGCACUCUUUUCAGUCUUUCGGGUAAAAAAAUAGCUUCUCUCGUUGGGCACGUUGGGCGUUUAGCAAAGGUUAAAUAUCAUCCGAGUGGCGCGUCCAUCGCCACAGCGGGUUACGAUAAAACGAUCCGACUUUGGGACGCAAAUACUUCGCAAGAAAUCUUUUGCCAGGAGGCACAUUCGCGCCCGUCUUACGAUUGCACCUUUAAUGACGAUGGAAGUCUAUUGUUUUCGACUGGUUUGGACGCGUACGCACGCAUGUGGGAUCUCAGAUCGGGACGAUGUUUGUGGACGAUGAAAGGACACUCAAAAGGCGUGACGUCGAUUUCAGUCGAUGUCACGAAUUCUUUAUGCGUUACGGGCGGAGAAGAUAACCUCGUAAAAGUUUGGGAUUUGAGAAAGCAAGAGAACGCGUACACAAUUCCCGCGCACUCUGGACUUGUUUCAUCUGUAUCGUUUGAACCAAGACGAGGAUGUUGGUUCAGUAGUUCUAGUUUUGAUGGCACGGUUAAGCUGUGGAGUGCGCUAGACUUCUCUUUACUCGCCCGCUUGGAGGGACACGAAGGCAAAGUAAUGGAUUGUAGUUUAGGAAGAACAGCAGCAGCAGGAGGAGGAGGAGGAGGAGGAAGAGGAGGUAGAAGAAGAAGUCGUAGUAGUGGUAGUAGUAGUAGCGAUAAUGAUGGUGAGAGAAGCAAUAUCGGCGGCUUUAUUGCGAGCGCAGGCUACGAUCGCACGCUUAAAAUUUGGAAAUAG